GACUCAUUCUCGCUUAACUUACUGGUGUAAUAUCACAAACUUCGGUUUGUAUAGAAUCAGUGAUGUAUUAAAAAAAUGGUGUUGGGUGUAAUUUAAUUUUGAUAUUAAUAAAGUAACUAUGAAGUUAUGGUGGUGUAUUUUUGGAAUCAUACCAGUGCUAGAAGUGAUUGUUGUGCCGAUUAAAAUAACCCAAACCUGUCCUUCGAUUUGUCUGUGCCUAAAUCACAUCAUCAAUUGUCAAAAAAAUGAAUUAUCGGAGCUACCUCUAGGAAUUGAUCCGAAUGUGACUAGUUUGGACUUAUCUAUCAACAACUUCGAGAAAAUAUCGGAAGAUUUCAAGUUCUUCACUAAAUUGAGGCACCUGAAUAUGUCUUACAACAGAAUAGCAACUCUUGGACAUAUGGAUUUCAACGGACUAUUUCAUUUAGAACAAUUGGAUUUGUCUUUCAAUUAUUUUCACGAUUGGAGAGAUAUUCACUCGCAAACUUUGAUAAAUUUAAAAAAACUUACGUUUAUAGAUUUUUCGAAUAAUGCUGUUAGAACUUUGCCAUUUAAUUCUAAUCAUUUUGCUGUGAAAUCUCUAAAAAUACUCAAAUUAAAUAAUUGCUCAUUGAUUUCUAUACCUAGCGGUUUUCUUAAAACAAUUACCAAUAUUACGGAGCUACAUUUAGCUAAUAAUCCGAUAAAUUACUUAGACGUCAAAUUAACCUCAAAAACUUUGAAAUAUAUGGACCUGAGUUCAAGUACAUUAAGUUAUGUAAGUGAUAGUGCAUUUCAAGGCUUGGAAUCUUUAGAGAACUUGAAAAUGAGCAAAAACAAGAACCUCAGAAAUAUUACUAUAAACGUAAACUCAUUGAUUAAUCUGGAUAUAUCAGACAGUUUAUUGGACACUUCUCCAUACGGAAACAUGAUAUCUUUACAGCAAUUAAAUUUACAUGGUAACAUCUUGCGGGAAAUAAAAAACAAUCGAUUUAUGAACAUGCCGAACCUUGUAUAUCUAAAUCUAUCUUUGAACGCUAUAACUUCCAUUGAAGAAAAUGCUUUCAGAGGUCUAGAAUUCUUAGAAAUUCUAGAUCUAUCCUAUAAUAAAUUGAAUUAUAUUCCAACAGAAACGUUUUUGUCAACCAAAAAUCUCAUUUGGUUGGACGUGUCUCAUAACUAUCUCACUUCAUUGGAUAGCAUCAGUAGCAGUUCUUUGAAUAUUUUGAAUGCUAGCUACUGCGAAAUCAAUUUUAUUUCUAAGUAUACUUUGACAACACUUCCACGGCUACGUUUACUGUCUUUAAAGAGGAAUUUCAUAAGCUCAAUACCAGAUCAUUGGUUAGCUGGACAAAUCUAUUCACUAGAUUUGAGUGAUUGUAGAAUAAAAAGUAUAACUAACUAUACUUUUGCCGAAAUGUCGUCUCUGUGGGCCCUAGAUUUAUCUAGUAAUAGGUUAACAACAAUCCAUUACACAAAUUUCCCUUCAAAUCUACAAUUAAUAUCGAUAAAAGAUAAUUUGUGGAGAUGCGAUUGCAACGCUCUUAUGGAAACUUAUUACUGGCUACAAUCACAUGGGUGUUUUACCGAUGAUCUUAUAUGUGAUUCCCCGGAGAACGUCGAUGGAGAAAAUUGGUUAACAGCAUGUCAAACCCAGUGGUACCCUUCGUCCCAUAAAAAAGAUAAUUUGUGGUGGUACUCAAUUAUUUUAUUAAUUUCGUUACUUCUCCUUCUGGUUACUGUUGUGGUACUCCGAAAACUCAACGAAAUCAGAGAAAAUAGAUUCAGAGAGCUAGAAGAACAACGUAGGCAGCAAGAAAGAGAAGCGCGAGAAGCUUUACAAAGAAUGCAGCAAAGACAUAGAGAAUAUAGAGAAGAAGCUAGCCAAAACGCACCGGAUCCUAGAGACAGCCAAGGUCCUCCAUCCUACAACGACGCUUUGCUUCUACCCAGACUAGAUUCCUCACAAUUGAGUUUAGCUAGCUUACACUCCUUCGGUUCUAGAGGAAGUCUUCAAGGAAGCAAUCCUGAAGUUAAUAAGAAGGGAAAAGUUAGACGAAAAAGAAGAAGAAGAAGAUCAGAAUCUACGGAAAGACCAAUGCGGCGAGUUGAGCCAGAUUCAAACGAAUCAGAACCUGAUAGAAGAGAAAGACCUUUAGAGAGCGACUUCUAGUGACAGCUUCUUUCAUUUAAUAGUACUGGCUAGUUUGCAACUUAUUCCUGAAAACUAACCCUUAAAUUAAAAUGUGAUACUAAUGAAACGGUGUGUUUCAAACUAGAAAUAAGAUUAAUUUAAAAUAGACUGUUAGACUGAUAAGAAGUUUAUAUUUGUAACAAAAUAAUCCGACAUUAACAAAAUAUAGUAUUUAAUUGAGGAGCUUCGAAGAUAAAAAAGUUCUGCAGCAUGAUUACCGACAAUUGCGUACUGCCUUUUAUGUUGAAUAAUGCAAAAUUCAUCUUACCGAUAUCUACUGUUUGCAUUUUAAAAUUUCUGCAAAUUCUGCCUUAUCCCACAAGUAACUGUGAUGUUUAUCAUUGGUAGAAUGGGAGGAUGGUUCUCAACUCAAGUUUCAAAAUUGUAGAAAAUAAAAUGUAAAAAAAUGGAUCUAGGGCCUCCGAGUCAACCACGACCAAUUUAGAUCGAGGUUUUCCUAAAGUACAAUUAUUUUUCAAUCGAUCUCAAAAAAUAUCAAAUAAUGAGACCAUCAAUGAGUUUCAUCUUCUUUUUUUAGUAUAUCUAAGGAUAUUUCAAAGUAUUUGACGUACUGAUUAUAUAUUGAGUGUUAAUUUUUUUUAUUUCAAAUUUUUACCUUCAUCAUUAUGACUAUUUGAGAAAAUCAUGGAAAAAUCUUCAUAAGAAAACAUAAUUUAUGAAAAUCAAGUACGGGUGACAUGUUAAAAGUACUUGUUAAAUUUAUUAACAUAUUUAUACGCUGCGUAUUUGCAAAAUGAAUGCUUAGGAAUGUAUUUUGUCGCUACUUAAGACUCCAUUACAGUAAUAACAAAAAUAUUUAUCAUAGAUCACCCAGAACUCUUGCAAUUCUUACUAUUUUGAAAUUUGUAUUUAUUUUUCUUAAACUCAUAUUCAUAACCCGUUUCAAUCAUCAUUUAUUUCAACCAAAUGUACUUCCUGUAUAUAAAUUGUAGUUGUUUAUAGAAAUAAGUGAAUGCUAUACUUUGUCCAUAUACUAGAGAUUAAAAUAAAAAAAGUGUGACUUUGAUAUUUUGUUGGAAUAAUUAAAUAGAAAAAUUAAUUUUUAAUGGUGAAAUUCUAAAUAAUCACACAGUGCUUCCAAAACAUUUAAUCUAGAUUGUUAUCCCAAACCAUAUUUUUAAAUCAACUAUUCGGGGUUAAAUCAGUAAAGAAAUAUUGAGAAGUAUAGUGGGUGUCUCAUAAAUAAUAUCGGUUUAAAUAAAUCAACAAAAAAAAGCUUUUAUAUUCGAAGUAUAGCCAAUCGUAUUCUAUGGUUUUCACCUAACGUCCAGCGAGCUCUUUGAGACCUUGGUAAAACAAUUCUUUAAGCCAAAAAUCGUCACACUUCAUCUCCUUUGAAUUCAAAAUUUUUCCCAGACUGAAUGCUGUGGUAGGUGCUCAAUAACACCAAGUUCUUCGCGUAACUUUCGUAGUAGGUGGUUUAGUUUGUUGUUAGAGAAUUAAACCUGAAAAUUUCUCUGAUAAAACCUCACAAAUUCGCAUCAGCUGUCCACUAUAUACCUCUGAAUUGAUAGCUCGACCAUCUGGAAUGAUUUCGAAGUACACCCAACUUUAAUAAUUCUACUAAGUACAUAAGACCUCUCUUUGUGAGAGGAUCUGGUAAUUGUCCUUUAUCUAACCACUGAUUUUCUUUUGAAAAAGGAAAAGGAGCUGUUUCCUCACCUCUACUCAACGUUUCGCUUGAAUCUUGGUUUCGACACCUUAAGCGCGAACUCGAUCUCCAAACGAUCUCCACUAUUAAAAAGAUUGAACCAACCCUCAUUAGCUAAGCCUCCAAUUUAAUAUAUUUUCCUUAAUGCCACGGCUACUUUUACCAGUUUUUCCACCAAUCGCAUUCCAAACUAUUUAUUAUAAAAACGUAGUUCGUCAACAACAAAGAGGAAAAAUGAUUAAAAGAAAGUGGUGCAAUUGUAAACUUCAUUAAAUUAGAGACUAGUCUAACAAGUUUAAAUUGUAGAAGAAGAAAAAGUAGGAAUUUUCACAUAUGAAAACUUACAUUACUUAUGAAACACCCUGAUAGUAUUAUUUUGAAGAUCAAAAUCCAAUGAAAUCUAGCUAAAAAGAAGAACUUUAUCUUAUUUAUUGUAAAUAAUAAACUAUUGUUAAUAGAAAUCACUUUACACAUUUAUGACAGACCCGUGUCUGAUGUAUUUCAUAUAUUUAUUUGUUUCACACUCAAAAGAAUGAAUGAUUUUCAUAUAAAGUUAAAUUUCACAUUUGGGUUACCCUGUAUAAAAUUAUUCUGUGCAUAUAAAACAAACUGUAUAUCUUAUGUUGUAAUAUAUUAAUUUAAAUUCUA